CUCACCCGUCACUUUUCUUCAUCUCCUUCAUUUCUUAUCAAUUUCAAUCGCAGCUCUUUCAUUCUUCCAAAAUCGGAAACGAGAAUCAGACAAUCCCACUCAAAAUACCGUCCGCCUCGCCUCCGACACCGUCACAUCGUCUCGCCUCUCUCACCAUCGUCACACCGUCCCGCCUCUCCCACCAGCCACCGUCUCGCCUCUCUUCCGUCACGCCUGGCCGCCUCGACGUCCCGCCUCGCCCUCGCUGCCUCGACGUUUGGACGACUAAAAUUGCAGAUUUAAAAUGUAAUUACUAUCUUUGAAAUUGAAAAAAAAAAAUAGAGAAAAAGGAGACAAAAUUAGCGAGGAAUGGAGCUGAAGGGGAAUUUUGUGCCGCAGUUUAAAGUAGGCGAGGCCCAAUCGGCGCAGCUUCCCUCGAUGGCCAAACGCGAUUCUGUACCUGUAGUUGGAAUGUUUAGCAGGAUGGCAAAUUCUUCUAUGGAGUCAUUUCCUUCUCAUAGAUGGAAGAAUCUUGAAGUUCAUUGCAACAGUGACCAAAGUAUCAGACACUUGGCUCUUUCUAAGAGUGGGGGCUCAAAGCUGCCUGAGCUCUCUUUUGACCGGCGACAGCUGACCGAUCAAGAAUGUAGUGGGCUGCAAAAACGAAACUUUGGCCGUUUUGUUGCUCGUGAGGCGAUACUUGAUGAAGAAUACUGGGUUGGUUUUUCUCUCUCAUUAUCCUCUAUUGAAUGUAGGAAGCUAACCUCAUCAUGCUAUGUACUAUUUCGGUUUGCAUAUUUUAGAAGAACUCUAGAUUUCUUCUCUCCAUGUCUGACUUGGCAAUGGCAGACAGCAGCAUGGCUCCGAGCAGAAGCGCAUUGGGAAUCCUUAUCCUAUAUGAGGCAUGCUGAUGGUUACAAAAGAAAGUAUGCUGAGGAGGUGAGUUUCAAUAGAGAUGACUCAGUAGAUGAAUUCUAUGCUUUGAAGCGAAGAUGUUUUGGACAGCAGGGGAAGUCAUUGAACUGUUUUUGUUUUGUUGCAUUUCUAUCUGGAGGCUCACUAAUCAUGAGUGACAUUAUUUCCUCUACCGGGCUGCAGGUUAAGAAGGAAGAUAAAAAUGUUAGACGAACAGUUCUGAACAGUUUAGUGGGGACUUUGGACUUGAGUAUCAGGCAGUUCCUUCAAGGAGAAAAAUAUCCUGGGGAAAUAAAGAGACUGCCGGCUGUUUUUUCCUGUCAAGAGCCCUUUGGUAUGCAUAAAUAUGCUUAUAUUGCAAAUGUUUGUGUGGCAAAGUUUGCUCGGCGUCAGGGUAUUGCUUCAAACAUGAUAUACUUGGCUACUGAUGUUGCCAUAAUUGCAGGGAUGAAGCAGCUUUUUGUCCAUGUAAAUGCAGAUAACAAGCCUGCUCGUGAUCUGUACAAGAAAACUGGUUUCAAGGUUGUUGAGGCUGCUGCUUGUCCUAUGUCAAAAGAUCAGAGGAUAUUAAUGUCUAUGGAACUUGCAAUUGGUAAGUUCAACUAUGUUGUAAUGGUGCAUAAUAAAGGUUUGCAUUCUGUUGUAAUGACAAUGCACUUCAUUUGUGGUGCUAUAAAUUGUUUACCUUAUCUUUGCGCCAUCAUAUAUGGAGAUAUUGACUGCUCAUUUAGACAAGUGACAUUCUGGUCGCUCUAUCCUUGA